UAACACCUGGUCAGUUGUGUGCGUCUGUAAGAGCGUUGUACUACGUACGGUGAUCGCCGUGUGGAUUCAUAUCGAUCCAACAGACUGACGCCCAUUUCCCAUUUCCCGCACGCCCCGCGCAGGAGAGCCACGGCACCGCUGGCCCCUCCCACUCCGGAGGACACAACGUCAGCCCUGGUUGUACGAUCACACAGUCGCCGCCUUUUUUUUUUACUCCAACAGAUGUCUGAUUGGUCGCCAGCUGACUAGGGGACCGUCCUCUGCCCAAGCCCUCCACCUGCAGCCAUGAAUGGUGCAGCCAGUGUGUGGGCCAUCACUCCGGAGGAGAGGGGCAAACAUGACAAACAGUUCGACUCUCUGGCUCCCGCCCUGGGACAUGUCUCGGGAGAACAAGCCAGGAAGUUCUUCCUCCAGUCCGGUCUGCCUCCUCCUGUUCUGGCAGAGAUCUGGGCCCUGGCUGACUUGGACUGCGAUGGGAAGAUGGAUAGACUCGAGUUCUCCAUUGCCAUGAAGCUCAUUAAAGUGAAGCUUCAGGGGCGGGGCCUCCCCACCUCUCUGCCAAUAGUCAUGAAGCAGUCCCCAGCGGCCAACCCCGCCUCCAUCAUGACGUCAUCCUCGCGCUUCGGGAUGGGCUCCAUGCCAAACCUCUCCCUCCUCGUGCCCUCCAUGCCCUCCAUGUCCAUCCUAACCCCCGUCCCGGUGCACCAUCUCCCCCUCAUGCACCACCCCGUCCCCGGCCAACGCCCGAUGAUGCACACCCCUAUGACCCUCCCCCUCAUGUCCUCCCUGGGGAACGCCGGACUGCCCAACGGCCACGCCCACCUGCUCACGCCCUCCCCUGUGCCCAGCAACACAGCACACCCCAUGUCUGGCUUCUCCUCCCCCACGAUGUUCUCUCCGUCUACGGGCAUGUCCCAGGCCAACUCCCUGCUCGACCUGGGCUCAAGCAGUUCCAACUCGUCCUCCACCAACUCCUUGGCCAGUAACUCUCCAAAGACGGUCACUUGUGAUUGGGCGGUUCCUCAGUCCGCCAGACUCAAGUACCGGCAGCAGUUCAACACCCUGGACAAGCUCAUGAGUGGUUACCUGUCAGGACCGCAAGUAAGGAAUGCCCUGUUGGCCUCCAACCUGACGCAGACGCAACUCGCAGCCAUCUGGACGCUGGCAGAUGUGGACCGGGACGGCCAGCUGCGUGCGGAUGAGUUCAUCUUGGCCAUGCACCUGGUGGACAUGGCCAAGACCGGCCACCCACUGCCCCUCUCCCUGCCCCAAGACCUGGUGCCCCCCUCCCUCAGGUCAGGGGGAAAGGGCAUUGAGCUGGUGAACGGAACGGGUCCCUACCUGAGUCCCAGCCCCGCCGACCCCACUGAGAUGGACCUGGCAUCCAAGGUGUCCUUCGAGGACAAGCUGAAGGAGAACUUUGCGCGGGGCAGCGCCGAGCUGGAGAAGCGGCGGCUGGCGCUGGAGGAGGAGCGGCGGCGGGAGCGUGAGCGCCGCGACCGGGAGCAGAGGGAGGCGCAGGAGAGGCGGGAGCGGGAGGCCCGCGAGCAGGAGAACCGGCGGCGGCUGGAGGAGGAGCGGCGGCUGGAGAGGCAGAGGGAGAUGGAGAGGCAGCGCGAGGAGGAGCGGCUCCGGGAGCUGGAGAGGAAGGAGGAGCUGGAACGUCAGCGCAAGGAGGAGUGGGAGCGGGGGAAACGGGAGGAGUUGUCGAGGCGGAAGGAGGGAGACCAGGAGGAGAUCGUCCAGCUGAAGGCGCGCAAGAAGUGUCUGGAGAUCGAGCUGGAGGCCGUGGGCAGCAAGCACAAGCAGAUCUCGGACCGUCUCCGCGACGCCCAGAGCAAGAGGAGGAUCCAGAAGUCGGAGCUGGACCUCAUCAACCAGAAGAGGGACGUGCGCAUCGCCGAGAUCAACACCCUGCAGGUUCAGUUUGAGGACUGGCAGAGGAAGCUGUCCCAGCUGGUCCCAGAACAGCAGAGGCUGACGGAGCGUCUGCGCUGCAUUGGGCUCAACAACCUCCCCUCCGUGACCCUGGCCACGCUGGGCGACAGCGUGACGGAGAAGGGGGUGACCUGCCGGCGCCUGAAGGACCAGCUGGACACGCUGGAGCGGGAGACGGCGGAUAAACUGGGACAGAUGGAGCAGUACAACAAGGAGCUCAAGGAGCUGAGGGAGAAGCAAGUGGCCCAGCAGGCCUCGCUGGACGACUUGUGCCGAGUCAAGGAGCAGAAGCAGAGGGAGCUGCAGAGGCGCCGUGAGGAGGAGGGCGAGAGGAAGAGGAGGGAGGAAGAGGAGGCAGCCAGACAGGCCAGACUGGAGCAGGAGCGGCUGGAGCAGGAGCGCAGGGAGCAGGCGCGACGGGACAGGGAGGAGGAGGAGGCAGAGCGGCAGAGGAGGCUCCUGGAGGAGCAGAGGGCCAAGCAGCGGGAGGAGGAGGAAAGGGAGGCCCAGGCCCGCCUCCGGGCCGCCCAGGAGAAGGCCCAGGAGGAGGAGAGGAGGCGGCGGGAGCAUGAGGAGGAGGAGGAGAAGAGGAGACAAAAGGAGGAGGAGGAGGAGAGAAGGCAGCGAGAGAAGGAGGAGAAGGCCGUGGCGGUGAUGACCCUCUACAGAGCGCUCUACCCGUUCGUGGCCCGCAACGCAGACGAGCUCAGCCUGGAGGGCAGCUGCCUCAUCGAGGUGGAUGAGGCCACUGUGGGUGAGCCCGGCUGGCUUUGCGGGAGUUACCGCGGAAACCGGGGCUGGUUCCCCCAGAGUUACGCGGAGAAAUGUGCCGCUUCCUCCGCCUCCAGCACCACCACCAACACCACCAACACCACCAGCUCCAGCGAGGCAGCACCGCCUGCAUCCCAGGCGGGUCCGCUUCCCUCUAGCGUUGCUCCGCCGUCAGCUGCCAGCGGGCUUGCAGAGGGAGCGACGGCGGAGGCAGGCCCCAGCCGCGUCGGCCCUCCGGUCCCACAGCCGUCACAUCACGGGGCUCCUCUGCGGGCUCGGGCGGUGACGUCGUGGUCGUCCUCCUCCUCCGACGCCCAGCCCGACCCCUCCACCCGCGGCGGCGGCGGCGAUAGCAUCACGGCGCUGCUGAGCUUCUCCCAGGGCGACGUCAUCAGCGUGCUGCAGCAGAGGGAGGACUGGUGGCUCGGACAGCUCGCCGGAACUCAGGGAUGGUUCCCUAAAGAUUACGUCACUCUGGAGCCAGAUAACACCGACGCGGAGGGCUCCGACACUUUAGAUUCUGUUCAGCUGGAGGACUUUGUGGCCCUGUAUACCUACGAGAGCCCGGAGGCCGGCGACCUGACGUUUGACGAGGGGGACGUUGUCAUGGUGACGGAGCGGGAGGGGGAGUGGUGGAGGGGCUGCAUCGGGGACCGUGCCGGCGUGUUCCCCUCCAACUACGUCAGGCCCGUGGAGCCGGAGAUUUCAAGACCCGGAGGCCCAGUCAAAAAACCUGAGAUUGCCCAGGCGCUGGUCAACACUGUUGCCCCGACGGCUCAGCAGCUCAGUCUGUCGCCAGGGCAACUGAUCGUGGUUCUGGCCAAGAACUCCACCGGCUGGUGGCUCGGGGAACUGCAGGCCAGAGGUAAGAAGCGACAGAGAGGUUGGUUCCAUUCCUCCAACGUUAAACUGCUGGGCCCCACCAGCGGCAAGUCUACUCCUUCUCCUCUGCCAGUGUGCCAGGUCAUCACCAUGUAUGACUACACGGCGGCCAAUCAGGACGAGCUCAGCUUCUCCAAGGGUCAGCUGAUCAGCGUCCUGGACAAGACCAACCCUGAUUGGUGGAAGGGGGAGGUCAACGGUGUCACCGGCCUGCUGCCGACCAAUUACGUGAAGAUGACGACCGAGUGUGACCCCAGCCAGCAAUGGUGUGCUGACCUGAUGAGCUUGGAUAGCAUGACCCCCCAGGAGAGAAAGAGGCAGGGCUACAUCCACGAGCUGAUCCAGACCGAGGAGACCUACGUAGAGGACCUGGAGCUGGUGCUGGAGGUGUUCCAUAAGCCCAUGUCCGAGUCGGGCCGUCUGACCCCCACAGAGAUGGGGACCAUCUUCGUCAACUGGAGGGAGCUGAUCAUGUGCAACACCAAACUACUGAAGGCCCUGCGCGUGCGUAAGAAGACGGGCGGGGAGAACAUGGCGGUGCAGGUGAUCGGAGACCUGCUGGCCGCGGAGCUGGCCCACAUGCAGCCCUACAUCCGCUUCUGCUCCUGCCAGCUCAACGCCGCCGCCCUGCUGCAGAGGAGGACCAACUCCGAGCCCGACUUCAAGGACUUCCUCAAGAAGAUAGCCACUAACUACCGCUGCAAAGGGAUGCCCUUGUCCAGCUUCCUGUUGAAGCCCAUGCAGAGGAUCACACGCUACCCUCUUCUCAUAAAGAAUAUCCUGGAGAACACCCCUGAGGGCCACGUGGACCGGGGGUCCCUGCGGGAGGCCCUGGAGCGGGCGGAGGAGCUGUGCUCGCAGGUCAACGAGGGGGUCAGGGAGAAGGAGAACUCUGAUAGGCUGGAGUGGAUCCAGAGCCACGUCCAGUGUGACGGCCUCAUAGAGCACCUGGUGUUCAACUCGCUCACCAACUGUCUGGGGCCACGCAAGCUGCUACACAGCGGGCGUCUGCACAAGACGCGGGGCGGCCGCGAGCUCUGGGUCUUCCUCUUCAACGACUUCCUCCUCCUCACCCACAGCCCGGCCAAGUCCUUCUCCUCGUCCUCCUCUUCCUCCCUGGGCGCGGACCGGCUUUUUAGCCACAAGGCCAACGUGCAGCUCAAGAUGUACAAGACGCCUCUGUUCCUGAACGAGGUUCUGGUGAAGAACCCCCCGGACCCGUCCAGCGACGAACCGCUCUUCCACAUAUCACACAUCGACCGCGUGUACACACUCAAGGCGGACACCCUGAACGAGAGGACGACCUGGGUCCAGAGAAUCAAAGCAGCGUCCGAAGUGUUCAUUGAGACGGAGAAGAAGAAGAGAGAGAAGGCGUACCAAGCGCGUUCUCUGAAGACCAGCGGCAUCGGACGUCUCCUGGUCACCGUCACGGAGGCCCAAGAGCUCAAAGCCUGCAAGCCCAACGGUAAAAGCAACCCGUACUGCGAGCUCACCAUGGGGGCCCAGUGCUACACGUCCCGGCCGCUCGGCGACACGCUCAACCCCAAGUGGAACUUCAACUGCCAGUUCUUCGUCCGGGAUUUCUACCAGGACGUCCUGUGCAUCACAGUGUUCGAGAAGGACCAGUUCUCCCCCGACGAUUUCCUGGGGCGCACAGAGGUUCCCGUGGCAACCAUAAAGAAGGAGAUGGAGAGCAAGGGCGCGGCGACCCGCCGCCUGCUGCUGCACGAGGUGCCGACCGGAGAGGUGCUGGUCAAGCUGGACCUGCAGCUCUACGAGCAGACCGCGUGAAACACGGGCCCCCUCGCUCACACACAACACACACACAAAGACCCACGAGCUGAGGCACAGAUGCACACACGCAAAGACGCACGCGCUAACACACAGACGCGCAGAAUCAAAGACGCACACACAAACAAACAGACGCACACGCUAACACACAGACACACACGCUAGCACACAGACGCGCAGAAACAAAGACGCACACGCCAACACACAGAAGCACACACACACACAGACGCUCACACACACACACAGACACAAAGACGCACACACACAUAGACGAACAUAUAGAUUUAUGUCCUGUAGAAAAAUAUUUCCAGACAAGGAUAUCGAUUUAUUACCUUGCACACACACACAUACAUAAAGUGCCUUCUUCUUCCCAAUGUACCUAGUACCAUUCUCCAGGAUUGUUCUCAUAUGUUGCCAUAUACUGCCCUGAGCCAAGGUUACCAGUGUUGAGGCCACUCACACAGCGAUAACAGAAAAACCUAUAAAGGGUUUAAAUAACAAAAUACCUUAUUUUAUUGUCAUUUCUUUUCUUUAAUUUAUUUCAUUUUUUGUUGGCGAACAUCCCGCAAAUGUAGGAUUUCGGAUGGUUUUUGGAAGGUCGGUGAUAGAGAAGUGAUUCACUUUAUUAACUCAAUGUCCAUGGCUGGAGGGCUUACAGUCUAAUAACCAUAUACUGCCAUCGAAGAAUCAUGUUUGGUAAGAAGAACACCCAUAAUCAACCUUGAGCAUUGGGUUCUUUAAAUAUAGAUCUGUGGCACCGUUUUUAUUCUAAUAUAUACUAAUGCAAAUGUAACCAAUUUGAACUGUUGCACACUACUGUACAAUAGGAUGUCUCGGGCCACGAAGCCUCCUAUUCGAGGCCUGAAUGAGGCGUAAAUAAAACUUACAUUGAAAAAAGACAGAUUCCUCCUUGGUGUUUUUUUUUUGUGACUCAUUUUCACAGAGCUCAAAUCAGGGGCUUCGUCAAAAACAAAACAUUUCCAGGUUGGACCAUUCCACAGCGAUGUGCAAUGACAUAAUAAUGAGAUAAAUAUCAUUUUGACAUGACAUUUAUGAAAAAAUUAUAGUCAUAGUAUAAUAUAUAUUUUGACAAAAUAUAUCCAAUAAAAAUAUUGUUGGCCCAUGUGCUCCUCUUUGUCCCCGACGGUAAUAGCCCUGAAAUUAUGACACUAAAAGUUACCAUUUCCUCACGACCCGAAAGGACUAAGCAUCAUAAGGAUCAAGACAGUGAUGAGCAGGGAUGGCUAAUCAGAGCUCUCCUUGAUUCGGUGUCACAGAGGCAGGCUACAAACUGGGGGUUUACGCAAGUGAGUUUAUGGCAAAAAAGCUGGAGUCCACAGGCCUAUCUGUGGUACGGGUGAGUCGGUACGGAUGGAAGCAGAGAGGUUGUGGUUGCAGCUGUAGUCGCCAUCAUCUUCUUCUGGACCAACAGCGGGCUUCAUAGCAUUUUCCGUCAGCCAAACUGUUUGCUUCGAUCUGGUAGGGCAUUACAUUUGGCCUGGG